CGACAGAGUGAGUUUAGUGUUGCUACAGGAAAACUGAAAACCUUUCUUCAGCCUGCUUAUAUUGGUUUAUUAUAAUACGGGACUGUGGCAACUCCCCUCAGUUCAGACAGUGCAGAGCUGGGCACAAAAUGGCUGCGAUCGGAGAACCUGUCAGAUUGGAGCGAGACAUCUCUCGGGCCAUCGAGCUGUUGGAGAAGUUGCAGAGGACCGGAGAGGUGCCUCCGCAGAAACUGCUGGCUUUACAGCGAGUCCUGCAGAGCGAGUUCUGCAUUGCAGUGAGAGAGGUGUACGAACAUGUGUACGAGACCGUGGAUAUCAAUAGCAGUCCAGAGGUGAGAGCCAACGCUACUGCUAAGGCGACUGUGGCUGCCUUCGCUGCCAGCGAGGGUCACUCCCACCCCCGGGUAGUGGAGCUGCCCAAGACAGAGGAGGGGCUGGGCUUCAACAUCAUGGGAGGGAAGGAGCAGAACUCCCCCAUCUACAUCUCCCGCAUCAUCCCAGGAGGAAUCGCGGACAGGCAUGGGGGUCUCAAGAGAGGGGACCAGCUUCUCUCCGUCAACGGGGUGAGUGUUGAAGGUGAGCACCACGAGAAGGCUGUGGAGCUGCUCAAGGAAGCCCAGGAGACAGUGAAGUUAGUGGUGCGAUACACACCCAGGGUGUUGGAAGAAAUGGAGUCCCGCUUCGAGAAGAUUAGGUCAGCCAAACGCAGGCAGCAGAUGAGCUUUUCCUGAGUAGCCCUGAGUACCACACAAAGGUCUCUCUUCUGCUCUCUUCACAGGAAACAUCUCAGUUCACUGUUUUAUAUUAUUACUACUAAGUGACGUGUGUUUGUGAGUAUGUGUGCGUGUGUGCAUUAUGGAAUUUUCAGUCCAUGGAUAUUUGUGAUAACUGGUAAAAAUGUAUAACAAAUUAAGAAUUUGAGAUAUAUGUACGUAAUAUAUAUGUAUGUAUGUAUGUAUGUUUGUUAAUUUCCAUGAAACAAGAAAAUUGCGAAAACAUGCAUAUAAAGACGACGGUAUUCUAUAAAUUAUAAUGGCAUUAGUGUGGGAGUUACACAGGGACUGGACAAAUGAAUUAGAAACACCUAGAGUAGGGACCCAGCAUAGAUAUCCAGGGAGUAUUGAUACAACAUUACGACAUAUCACCCAAAAAUAGCCUCCUCAAGUACAGGGGGGGUGUUGGAAUGCUGCAGCUUUGUUCUUCAGAAUGGCCCAUAGAGUCAUUGCUUUACCUUAUGAAACUACUUCAGUGAUGUCUCGGACAUGAAAGCACCUGCCAACCAAGCUUCUACCAGCACCUUUUGAGUGAAACUGCCUUGUCACAGAGACAAGCAACGUCUAUAUAUUACUGAUUGGUGUUCCUAAUAUUUUGUUCCUCUCCGUAAUUAAAGUCAGACAGUUCCUAUGCAACAUGAGUGACAAUUUGAACUUGGGAUCACAAGCACUGCACUGAAUGUAAGCUUAUUGUUUUCAGUUUAACUUUCACACUAAUCUUUUUCAAUGUGGUGUGUUUUAUUUUUUUUAUAUUAUUUGCUUGGUACCGUAUCGUUCCCUUAUUGAAAAUUUAAAUGCACUGUUUCAUAUUGUUAUUAUUAAUAUUAUUAUUUAAAGAACACGUUUUCCAUAUAUAUAUAUAUAUAUAUAUAUAUAUAUAUUAUAAAUUCCACAGUUUUGAGAAAUAAAGACCUAUUCUGCUAUAGUUUGAUUGCAAAAUGGUAGCUGUUUUCCAAUUGUAGAGACACAGAUUAUAGACAUGUUGUCAAGUCCUGUCAACACUUCUGUUCAGGCAAAACGGGAUAAGUAAAUCUGUACAAACAAAUCGCUUAUUGAAAGAAGUAACACCUGGAGCCUUUGCCAAACAUAUCUAGUUUCAGAAUUACAGUAGGUGUCAAUGAGGGUGGACGUGUAUUAUCUCUAAGUGAUAGAUAACUGUUAGGCUUGAACUAGCAGCUUUAUGGAAAAGAUGGCUUUGAUUUAGAAUUCUAGAGGGGCUUAAGCAGAAUAACAACCAGUCUGUCGCACUUGUUUUAUGUAUUAGAAAGAAAUGCAGAUAUUAAAUCAGAUGUGCGUUUCGUUUCCUGCUGUAAGACCUUGUAAAGCAGAUAGUGAGCGUAUCUUUCACCUGCUAUGGAAGAGCCCCAGAGAAGAGAGACAGGAGGAAUAGACAUCUCUCCUAAUGUUGCUAACGGUGUAAUGCAUUGAUCCCAUGGUCUGUACUGGGUAUUAUCUAGCCUCAAUUCUCCAUUUUUUUUCUACUUUUGGGAGUAUUUUUAAUGCCAGUUACGACAGUAAUACAAAUAGCUGUUCUCGCGUGGGCAUGCUCGGAAGCAGAGAAUUGCACCUGCUUAGUAAAUGGAUAUACACACACAAAUCAACUGUUUUGUGACAGAAAACAGGAGGAUUAAAGUAUGAUUAGUAUACAUUUCACCUGGUAGAAAAUCCUACUCCUCUAUUUCCGUCUCUCAGCAAAGUCGGUCCCUGAACAAUAUCUUAAAUGCAAUUGUAACUGCUGAAAUAAUGUUUAGUCGUGUUUCAAUCGAAACCCCAGUUGGCUCUUGUGUGUAAAUGCAUGGCAAUUGAAAGAUUACAGUGUUGACAGCAUGGAGAAUUCAGAAACAGCUUCAACUGUUGGAAGCAGUCUCCCUGGCCUUGAGAACAUGAUGCUUUUUAUUUAUUUUUUGGCAGAACGAACAAAGAAAGACCCUUUUGCAUAUUUCUGCACUGAUACUAAGUGAGUUUGGUCAGCAUUUGGCUUCAGAUUUGCACUGUUGUGUCUACAGGGGCCCUGUAGCAUUCAGUUUGCAUGGUGCAGUUUUAAAAAUGGUGACAAUCUGUGUGUAUUUCCUAUAAAAACAGUGCAACAAAACCCUUGAAGCUCCUAAUUUGCUUUCUGAAAUGUAACUGAACUUGUCGAUGUCUAUCAUAACCUCAUACUGCUGUAGGUAACCGCUGGAGUGAAUCCAUUUGGCUUACAGAGUACUGUAGCGACCAGCCCGUUGCAGAGGGGUGGGAAUCCUUGUGUCCCUGCAACUAAAAAAAAAUGUGUUUGGAGUAUGUAAACAACUUGACAGUCAACACAAUCUGGCAUACAAGGCUUAGCGUGCAGGAGGAUAAACUGAAAGAAUGUAGUUAACCAUCAUGAAGAAAUUAUAUUUAAUAUAAAACUGGAUUGCUGGGCAUUAAGCCAUUUACUGUUAUGUUUCAAGUAUUCCCAUUUCUGUAGUUCUGACUUUUUAAUUUUUUAUUAUUGGAACAAUAUUUGUAUUUACUGAAAGUCUGGGCAAUUGUAGGCCAAUAGAAUGAAUUAAAUAUAAAGUGCCAUUUGUUGUAAUCCAAUUCCACCAUUGUGUUUACUUUGUGAAUGAGUGUUUUGUAGCACCUGUUCAUACUUUGAUAUUUUCAUUUUGAUAAAUGGUUUCAUAGAUAAUUUUUAAAUGACUUUUGCUCUUUUUUUUCUGAUGACAUUAUUUACACUUUUCGAGUAUCAAGACCAAAAUCCUGAAUUUUAAUAACGGUAUAUGGAUUGAUUUGUUACUUUAGAUUAGUUGAGUAGACCACAAGAUUAUUGUUAUUUUAUUUGUAAAACAUAGUUGGGGAUGUAAUAAUUAGGAAAUGCAAAUUGUGUUUAUUUGAAUAGAAACUGCACAAAAUAAAUUAUAUCACAAAAGACAAA